CGGUAAACUUUACUUUGACGAUACGUUUAACAUGAGCGCCCCGGAGUCACAGCGCUGGUUGCUGCAGUUCUGUCAGCGCAUCAAGAACCAAACCUUCUACCAGACCAGCUACGGGUUGCUGCUGCCGAACUGUUUUAUUGAAAAUUUUAUCAACUUCAUGGUCCGACGCUGUAACGAUUCGAUGGGCGAGAUCGAUCGCACCCCGUGCUGCGAAGUGUCACCGUUUCCCUUCGCUUCGGACAUCUUCGACCAGUGCCUACCGGAAUCGAUCUCAUCAUUGUACGAAACACCGCGUGAAUUUUUCAUUCCGGGCGUCGCAGGACCAAAGUUCGCCCGUAGCUCCUUUGUAAUCGACAAUGAGAGAGAGCAGCAAACACGAGAAGCCACAGCGGACACCGGUAAGAUGGUGAAAGCGGUCGUGAUCGAAUACGAAAGUACGCAAAUUUUUAGCAUGUCCUACACGGAGAUCGAUUCCUUUGUGCGCACCGUAGAGGCCUGGCUGGCGGAACAGUUACUGGAUGCACCGGCUACGAUGGCGAACGCGUGGUUUAUCAGUGAGCUGGAGUUUUUCGACCUGCAGGACACCCUGUCAACCGGUACGCUCGUUGCGAUCGCUAUGGCCAUGGCCGUCGCACUGCUCGUACUGAUGGUCGUCACGUUGAAUGUGCUGAUAUCGCUUUAUGCCAUCGUAACCGUUACCUUCACCAUAUUGACGACGGUGGCCGUACUGGUGUUGCUCGGCUGGAAGCUGAACGUGCUCGAGAGCGUUGCCGUAAGCACUGCGAUCGGACUGGCGGUUGACUUUAGCCUGCACUACGGAGUGCACUACCGACUGUCGACCGAACCAGACCGCCGUUCGUCGACCCAUUUUUCCCUGCGCCGUAUGCUAGGUCCCACGGCGAUGGCAGCCAUUACGACGGGCAGUGCGGGCGCCCUGAUGCUUCCGUCGAAUGUCCUGGCCUACAUACAGAUUGGCGUGUUUCUCGUGAUCGUCAUGUCAAUCAGCUGGGUGUACGCGACGUUCUUCCUUAUGAGCUUGCUGCGAGUAGCCGGUCCACAGUACGGGUUUGGUCAGUUCCGGUAUCCGAAGCUGCUGCUCGGUACUGGUGGUAUUGCGCGGAAUGACGGAGCUAGCAGUAAGCUAAGCACUGAGCUCGAUGUCGAUACUCCAGGACCUGUUCAUCGACAUCUGCAUCAUCACCAUCAUCAUCAACAUCAGGGUAUCGUUACGGAGCAGUUGCUGUCCAAUUCUAGCUCGGCAGCCGGUGAUCUUGUUGGUUCCGAGUCGCACGAGCUGGAUUCACUGACAUCCAACUCGCUCAUCAAACCGAACGUACUCGACCUAGCACGGCCGAUCAACUUUGACCGAGCGUUCCGCAAACAGUAUUCUCUACCGCGAGAGCAGAGCCCCUCCACGGCCAGUGCAAUUACGAUGGUACUGCCAGAUGAUGUUGAUGCGCGGGUUGUGGGUACCGGUUGUAACACUGCUACUGGAGCAGCGCAGUGAUCCGCAUUCUUACAAAUAGGGGGUUUAACAAUCAUCUGACACACCGGCUCGCGGCAGUCGGAAAGAUCUAGUGGACGAAGAAAAAUGUUUCACAGUAUAUCUAGUUCAAUGUACUUAGAGACGGAGUGAGCAGUUGAAAUGGUAGUAUUAUUGUAGUACUGUAGUAGUUGUGCACCACAUUUUGCGCACUAAAAGGAGUGGAAAAGGGGCGCGCUACAAGCAUGAAAUUCCACCUUUCUCUCUCUCUCUCAAACAUGCCCAUGCGCGUAUGACUAACUUGCCAUACGAAAUAGUAGACUCCUCUGCGUGCACCGGUGCAAUACAGUGCAAGCCAAUUGACAAAUACAAUCGUAAAGCCGAGCCGCCAUUAGUCUGUUACCGUUAUCCUGCCAUGCUUUCAGUAGACGUUCCUUGGGUACGGAUCCGCAUUAGUAACGCGCAGAUAGCAUAAACGUUCCAAUGGGUCCUUUGUGGUCUCUCGUUUCGUCCAUGGCAACGAGUGCACGGUUACGAGUGCGCCCUCAAGCGAUCUCAUUUCUCCUACUGUUGUUCUCUCGAAAGGAUCGUCAGCGUGGUUCAGCUCAGUAAGCAAUGGUUUGGGGUUUACGUAGAAGAGAAUACGGGAAGCAUCCCCAAUGAAUUUCAAUGCCACCAAGUCGCGUAACUGUAGCGCUCGAGCAUUCGGACGAAUUCCCAAGUAAUGGCUUCAAUGCGGUUCGGGAGUUAGUAGUAGAGAUGCGCUACCAUACCGACCGUACAUAUGCAUGUUGUGAAAACAAUUAGUGGAACCACUUUGUGAUAUACAUAUAUAUACAUAUACAUAUACAUAUA